ACAAGAAAGAAAGGACUGUGUGUACCAAGAGGUCACUGAGCCCCAGGAUGAUGACUACCUUUGACACAUCACAGAAGAUGAAGAGGCAGCCAAGAGCAGAUACUCCUGGCUGGUUUGUGAACUGUGCCCGGGAUGAUGAAGAGCAGAACCUGGUGGCCUUUCAGUACCACAGGCAGAUUUUCUACCGAACCUGCCGGGUCAUCAGGCCGGGCCAUGAGCUGCUGGUCUGGUGUGGGGACGAGUAUGGCCAGGAGCUGGGCAGCAAGUGGGGCAGCAAGUGGAAGAGAGAGCUCAUGGCCAGAAGAGCAGAACCAAAGCCAGAGGUGCACCCAUGUCCCUCCUGCUCUCUGGCCUUCUCCAGUCAGAAAUUCCUCAGCCGACAUGUGAAACUCAGUCAUCCCUCUCAGAUUCUCCAGGAAACAUCUUCAAGAAAACAGCUCCAAGCAGAGGAACCCUGUCCAGAGGAUCAGAAUCAGCAGCAGCAACAUACUAGUACACACAGCUGGAAUGAUAAAACUGAAGGUCAAGAGGUCAAAGAAAGGUCCAAACCUUUGCUUAAAAGAAUCAGUCAAAGGAGGAUCUCAAAACCCUUUUUCCAACCGUCCAAAGAACAAAUGAGCUCUAGUGAGCACGAGAGACUGAUGGAAGAAGAGCCCCAGAGAGGCCAGAAAGAGAAUCCAGAGGACACAGGCAAGUUCUUUGUGAAAGGAGGAAUGUCAAAAAUUGUAACAAUCGAGCAUGGAGGGUGUUGGCAAGGCAUUAAUGAUGGAUCACAUCUCAUCACACAUCAGGUGACACAGUCUGCAGAGAAGCCCUAUGUUUGCAGGGAGUGUGGCCGAGGCUUUACAUGCAAGUCACAUCUCAUCACACACCAGUGGACACACUCUGGGGAGAAGCCCUAUGUUUGCAGGGAGUGUGGGCGAGGCUUUACAUGCAAGUCAGUUCUCAUCACACACCAGAGGACACACUCUGGGGAGAAGCCCUAUGUUUGCAGGGAGUGCGGGCGAGGCUUUACAUGCAAGACAAAUCUCAUCACACACCAGAGGACACACUCUGGGGAGAAGCCCUAUGUUUGCAGGGAGUGCGGGCGAGGCUUUACAUGCAGCAGUCACAUCUCAUCACACACCAGAGGACACACUCUGGAGAGAAGCCCUAUGUUUGCAGGGAGUGCGGGCGAGGCUUUACACGCAAGUCAGAUCUCAUCAGACACCAGAGGACACACUCUGGGGAGAAGCCCUAUGUUUGCAGGGAGUGCGGUGGGAAGCACAGUGUUCUUCAGGUGCAGGAAAGGCUACCACGUCCAGGGCUCCACCAUGUGCACCUGCCUGGCCAACCUGACGUGCAGCGGGACCCAGACUGAGUGCAUCCCUCACGCCUGCGGACAGCCGGAGACGCUGGCCCAUGCGGACGUCCGGGCCAUCGACCUGCCCACCUUCGGAUACACCUUGGUGUACACCUGCCACCCUGGGUUGUUCCUGGCCGGGGGGUCUGAGCACCGCACCUGCAAAGCGGACAUGAAGUGGACGGGGAAGUCGCCUGUCUGUAAAAUUCCUCCUGACGUGUUUUUCGUCAGCUCCGUGUGGCAGGGCCAUUACGAGUAUUUGGGGAAGACACAGCUGGCGACGCUGACGGUGGACGGCUUCAACGCCACCAGCAGCAAGGUGAACGCCACCUUCCGUGCCGCCGGCCAGGUGGAGCUGAAGCUGACAGGGGUUCUGCAGAUUCUAGUGUUUCUGCACACACUCCAGGUGCCCGUGCAGCGCUGA